AAAUCGCAAGUGGGAGUCAAGACCCGACUGGCUACAAGUAACGCCGCAAUCUAUUUCUGUUACUUUAAACAUUCGCGCUGAAAAGCUGAGAAAUAUCGGUGUAUUCAGAUUUCGUUCGAUUUCUGUUAAGUGUUGGUGAGUUUUCCAGCUGAGGUUGAGGAAUUUUUGGUUUUCGAUUGCUUCGACAUGGGAAAAACUGCCGCUAUUGGAAUCGACUUGGGCACCACGUACUCCUGUGUUGGAGUGUGGCAGCAUGGAAAGGUGGAGAUAAUUGCUAACGAUCAGGGAAAUCGGACUACUCCUAGUUAUGUGGCCUUUACAGAUACGGAAAGGCUUAUUGGGGAUGCGGCCAAAAGUCAAGUGGCAAUGAAUCCCAAAAACACGGUGUUCGACGCCAAACGCUUGAUCGGGCGCAAGUUUGACGACGAAAAGAUCCAGCAGGACAUGAAGCACUGGUCCUUCACAGUGGUGAGUGAUCUGGGAAAGCCGAAGAUCCAAGUGGAGUACAAGGGCGAGGUGAAGAAGUUUGCUCCUGAAGAAAUCAGCUCAAUGGUUCUAACCAAAAUGAAGGAAAUUGCCGAAACUUUCCUAGGGGGAAAGGUGGACGACGCAGUCAUCACCGUCCCAGCUUACUUCAACGACUCGCAACGGCAAGCCACCAAAGACGCCGGAGUGAUUGCAGGUUUGAACGUGCUUCGAAUCAUCAACGAACCAACUGCAGCCGCAUUGGCCUACGGUCUGGACAAGAACCUGCAAGGCGAAAAGAACGUGCUGAUUUUCGACUUGGGAGGCGGAACCUUCGAUGUGUCCAUCCUGGCUAUUGAUGAAGGAUCACUCUUCCAGGUGAAAUCCACUGCCGGAGACACUCAUCUAGGGGGCGAGGACUUUGAUAAUCGCCUGGUUAACUUCUUCGUGGAGGAGUUUAAGAGGAAGUUCAAAAAAGACCUCAGCUCGAACACCAGAGCCUUGAGGCGGCUUAGAACUGCAUGUGAAAGGGCAAAGAGGACGUUGUCUUCUUCCACAGAAGCCAGCCUGGAGAUUGACGCUCUUCAUGACGGUGUUGAUUUCUACUCAAAAAUCACCAGGGCCCGAUUUGAGGAGCUUUGCAUGGAUUUAUUCAGAUCCACGUUGCUGCCGGUGGAGAAAUCCCUAACUGAUGCCAAGCUGGACAAAGGCGCUAUUCACGAUGUUGUUCUAGUUGGUGGCUCAACCAGAAUCCCCAAGGUGCAGAAGAUGCUCCAGGACUUCUUCUGCGGGAAAACUCUGAACCUCAGCAUCAAUCCAGACGAAGCUGUGGCUUAUGGGGCGGCAGUUCAGGCAGCCAUUCUGAGCGGCGAUACUUCCUCCAAGAUCCAGGACGUGCUAUUGGUUGAUGUGGCUCCUUUGUCACUGGGCAUUGAAACAGCCGGAGGAGUGAUGACGAAGUUGGUGGAGCGAAACUCCCGGAUUCCUUGCAAGCAGCAACAAACCUUCACGACUUAUUCGGAUAAUCAAAAUGCCGUCACUAUUCAGGUGUAUGAAGGCGAACGGACCAUGACAAAGGACAACAACUUGCUGGGUACCUUCAACCUGACUGGAAUUCCUCCAGCGCCUAGAGGAGUGCCCAAAAUUGAAGUCACCUUUGACUUGGAUGCUAAUGGAAUUUUGAACGUUUCGGCCAAAGACUCCAGCACUGGUCGGUCGGAGAAAAUCACCAUCACCAACGACAAGGGGCGUCUGUCCAAGGCGGAAAUCGACAAGAUGUUGGCUGAUGCCGAAAAGUACGCGGCUGAAGACGACAAGCAGAAGCUCAAAAUCACUGCUAGGAACCAACUGGAAGGCUACAUCUUCAGCGCCAAACAGGCUGUGGAAAACGCGUCCUCCGACAAGCUGACUGAAGACGACAAGAAGCUGGUGCAGGACAAAACAUCUGCAGCUCUUCAAUGGUUGGACAGCAACCAGUUGGCCGAGAAAGAUGAGUUCGAUGAUAAGCUCAAAGAGUUGCAACGAGACUGUCAACCGGUGAUGAUGAAGCUUCAUCAAGGAGGCGCAGCUGGACAGGGAGGCCCCAAAGUAGAAGAAGUUGACUAGGAGGCCCAUAUAUAAUUUUUUGCAGCUCUUUUGCAUUCAAUAAACACACGUAUAAGCUAUGCAAA